GUGGAGAGAGACACGGGGAGAGACACGGGGAGAGUGACAGGGAGAGUGGAGAUAGACACCGAGAGAGACAGACAGGGAGAGUGGAGAGACAGAGUAGAGAGAGAGACAUCUUUAAUUAAGCCCUUCAAAUUGGUUUUCCCACCUGGUACGAUGAGCCGCAGCUGACUCGUCACAGCGCGACCCUCCUGCACUCGGCCAUAGUAACGUCGCGGAUCGCAACAGCUCACUGGGGCCCUGGCGGUGACGGGUGAGGUCUAGCCGCCACCACCACCACCAACACCACCACUGCCACCACCACCACCACCACCGCCACCACCACCACCACCGCCGCCACCACCACCCCCGGUGAUGAUGGCGCGCUGUGGCCACGGCCGACUGUGUGGGCCGGUGCCACGGGCACGCCACCUGGCCCUCGUUCUCACGCUGGGGGCGGCCACGGCCGUGGCUGGGCUCUACUACAUGGUGGGGGGCCCUGGGGGGCAGGCGGGGGCUGCACCGCCCUGCCCACGCAACCCCCCACACUUACUGGGCAAGCUGAAGCUGUCCUUCCCGAGCGGCCUCACGCUGCCCCAGGUGGCGGCCUCCAACCGGGCGGUGUCCCGCGGGGGCCACUCGCGCCCGGCCACGUGCACCGCGCGCCAGCGCGUGGCCGUGCUGGUGCCGCACCGCAGCCGCGAGGCCCACCUCGUCCACCUCCUCAACAGCCUGCACCCACUCCUGCAGCGGCAGCAGCUCGACUACGCCAUCUACGUGGUGCACCAGGCGGGCACGGCGAUGUUUAACCGCGCCAAGCUGCUCAACGUGGGCUUCCUGGAGGCGCUGUCGGAGGCUCCGUGGGACUGCGUGGUGCUGCACGACGUGGACCUCAUCCCGGAGGACGACCGCAACUUCUACGGCUGCGGCGCCCAGCCACGCCACCUCGUCGUGGGCAGGAACUUCACCAAGUACCAGCUACGCUACAAGGGCUACUUUGGCGGGGUCUCCGCGAUGACGGUGGAGCAGUUCCGGCGCGUCAAUGGCUUCUCCAACCGCUUCUGGGGCUGGGGGGGGGAGGACGACGACCUCCGCCUCAGGGUGGAGCACAUGAACAUGACGAUCUUCCGUCCGCCGGCUGCGGUUGCACGCUACACCAUGAUCUUCCACUCACGUAACGAGGACGGGAACAAGGUCAACCAGAACCGGAUGAAGCUGCUUCGUGACUCGGCUCGCCUACUGCCCCUCGACGGCCUCAACUCGUGCUCCUACACCCUGUUGCACAAGUCGCACGAGGAGCUCUACACCAACAUCACCGUCGACAUCGGCACGCCAGACUCGUAGCGCCCUCCCCGCCGCCCGUGGACCACGGCAGGGAUCCGGUGGUGGACAUUUGUUUGGGUGUGGUGGUGGUGGUGGUGCUGGUGGUGGUGGUGCUGGUGGUGCUGGUGGUGGUGGUGGUGCUCGCUGCCUGGCCCUGCCGGUGGACGCCAGGGAUCGAGUGGUGGACAUUUGUUUGGGUGUGGUGGUGGUGGUGGUGGUGGUGGUGCUGGUGGUGCUGGUGGUGGUGGUGGUGGACGCUGCCUGGGUCCGCCGAUGGACGACGACAGGGAUCCGGUGGUGGACAUUUGUCUGGGUGUGGUGGUGGUGGUGGUGGACGCUGCCUGGCCCUUCCGGUGGACGACGCCAGGGAUCCGGUGGUGGACAUUUGUCUGGGUGUGGUGGUGGACGCUGCCUGGGUCUCGUGGUGAACAAUGCCGCGGCUCCACUGGUGGACAAUGCCAGGGACCCGGUGGACAAUUUCUGGGCCUGGUGGUGGACAAUUUCUGGGCCUGGUGGUGGACGUUGCCUGGAUCUGGUGGUGGACAACGCUGCAGGUCCGGUGGUGGACACUGCUGCUGCUGCUGCUGGGUCCGAUGGAAACCGCCGGGGUCUGGUGGACUUGAGGGUCUGGUGGAGCACGCGGGUCCUGGUGGACUUCAUGAGAGUCUGGAGGACUACACAAUUUGGACGGCACCGGGGAAGGGUCUGGUGGACUUCAGGGUCUUGGUGAAGCCCAAAGUGUGGGGGGUUUGGUGGACACGACGGGAUGGUGGACAUCACUUGGUGGACAUCACUUGGUGGACACCAGGAGAACGAGGACCCCCCCCCACCUCUGCUACCUUAGCUGUCUUCACAGCUCUGCCCCAGGUGCCUGUGUCGCUUCAGACGCGACAACUCAGGGUAGGAGUUUGGCUUUAGUUAGUGAACGACAUUCAACGAAUGAGUGAAUGGCAUUAGAUGAAUGAAUGAUAUUCGAUGAAUGAGCCAGCGACAUUGAAUGAAUGAGCGAACGACAUUGAAUGAAUGAGCGAACGACAUUCGAUGAAUGAGUCAACGACAUUCGAUGAAUGAGCAAACGACAUUCGAUGAAUGAGCGAAUGACAUUCGAUGAAUGAGCGAACGACAUUGAAUGAAUGAGCGAACGACAUUCGAAUGAGUCAACGACAUUGAAUGAAUGAAUGAGCAAACGACAUUCGAUAAAUGAGCGAACGACAUUCGAUAAAUGAGCGAACGACAUUCGAUGAAUGAGCGAACGACAUUGAAUGAAUGAGUGAAUGACAUUCGAUGAAUGAGUCAACGACAUUCGAUGAAUGAGCGAACGACAUUGAAUGAAUGAGCGAACGACAUUCGAUGAAUGAGCGAACGACAUUGAAUGAAUGAGUGAACGACAUUCGAUGAAUGAGUGAACGACAUUCGAUGAAUGAGUGAAUGACAUUCGAUGAAUGAGUGAAC